AUGGUUGCGAAGGACGCUGCUAACAAAAUUCCUUAUCACCUGUCCGAGCAGACUGUCCCCAACGGGGAGGAGGUGGAAGGCGUGACGGCUAUUGUGACCGAUCAGCAUUGGGGCAAAACUCAGGGCGGCGGCUCCCGGUGCGACCAGGACUCUCGCACCCACCUAGUGACGCCACUGGCUAGAGAGAUGAGUGAGAGAGGCACAGGGGAGGACACAAAGAAACAGAGAGGCACAGGGGAGGACACAGAGAAACAGAGAGGCACAGGGGAGGACACAAAGAAACAGAGAGGCACAGGGGAGGACACAGAGAAACAGAGAGGCACAGGGGAGGACACAGAGAAACAGAGAGGCACAGGGGAGGACACAGAGAAACAGAGAGGCACAGGGGAGGACACAGAGAAACAGAGAGGCAUAGGGGAGGACACAGAGAAACAGAGAGGCACAGGGGAGGACACAAAGAAACAGAGAGGCAUAGGGGAGGACACAGAGAAACAAAGAGGCACAGGGGAGGACACAGAGAAACAGAAAUGCACAGGGGAGCACACAGAGAAACAGAGAGGCACAGGGGAGGACACAGAGAAACAGAGAGGCACAGGGAGGACACAAAGAAAUAAAGAGGCACAGGGGAGGACACAGAGAGGCACAGGGGAGGACACAGAGAAACAGAGAGGCACAUGGGAGGACACAAAUAAACAGAGAGGCACAGGGGAGGACACAGAGAAACAGAAAUGCAUAAGGGAGUACACAGAGAAACAGAGAGGCACAGGGGAGGACACAAAGAAACAUAGAGGCACAGGGGAGGACACAGAGAAACAGAGAGGCACAUGGGAGGACACAGAGAAACAGAAAUGCACAGAGGAGGACACAAAGAAACAGAGAGGCACAGGGGAGGACACAGAGAAACAGAGAGGCACAGGGGAGGACACAGAGAAACAGAGAGGCACAGGGGAGGACACAAAGAAAUAG